UGUCAAAAAAAAAAGAAACCACCAAAAAAAUUGUUUACAUCGGAGCGUUCUAUCUACUCGUAUCAAUGGUUCAUCUACAAUCAAAAUUCUUUCAUCUAGUUUUCAGUAUUCAAUAGAAAGCAUAUUAUUAAUAACAUGUUGAGUGACUGGAGAAGUUGGUGCCGCUUGUGCGCUAAUGAGUGUGCCAAUUUCAAGCUGGAAUUGUUGGACGAGUUGAAUGAAAUUACAAUGAGGCAUUUUAAGUUUUCGUUACAAGAACUCAAUGAUGUGUGCAAUUGUAUCUGCGAGGAAUGUUACAACUUUAUAAAUAAACUGGAUGUAUUCAAAGAGCGCUGCCUGAAAACAAGCAAGCUUCUGGUGGAGCUCUGUGCAACAUGCAUCGAUGAUGAAGAAUUAUUGGAAAGUGAUAUCCAAGAUCUACGGUUUCGGUAUUUAAGUGAUUCUAUUCUGACGGAUGUUGACGUUGAGCAUGAGGAAAAGCCACUUUUACAUGACACGGCUCAUUUUAUACAGGAAGAACCAAGUACCAACUCCGAACAAGCAGAUAAUAAAAAUGACUUAUUGGGGCAGAACUUGGUUCAACUGAAAAUUGAAAAAAUCCCAAUCAAACAAAAAAGAAGUGCGUCAAGGGAAACGACGAUAUUGUCUAAUGGAGAAACGGAAAAUGAUAGAAGAGACAUGCUAGAGCAUAUUGUUGAAGACGAUCGACUCCUCACGGAUCUGUCGGUUGUAACACUCACCAAGUUAAGUAGCGAUGUCCCACUGAUCGAUGAUGUUUCGGAUAACGACGGUGGUCUUGAUGAUCACCAGGAUGAUGAUUAUGCGCUGGACGAGUUGGAAUAUGAUAGUCAAACGGAAGCAGACGUCGUUCACGCGUCGAAAAAGAUUCCCAAACGGAAAAUCUCAACCAAUAACAUUAAGGCAAAGCCAAUCCCGAAAACUAAAUGUGAACUCUGUGAUAAAUCGUUUCGUACUCGAUCGUUGUACGUGAUGCAUUUGCAAAACAAGCAUCCAAGUUCGGACGAACUGAUGUUUACGUGCACUUUAUGUCCAAAGCGAUUUCCAUCGGAAAGAAAAGCAAAACUGCAUGCGUUGGUUCAUCUUCCGAGUGAUCAAAAGUUGGUGCACCCUUGCAAAUACUGUGACAAAAAGUUUAGUAAAUUAGUCAACGUACAAGCCCAUAUCAAGGCAGUGCAUAUAGGAGAGCGUCCGUAUAUUUGUGAGGAAUGUGGCAAGGCUUUUGGCACUAAAGGUGCCUUGAAGGAACAUCAAAUUACUCAUAGUGAUGAGAAACCGUACCAGUGUGCUCAUUGUCCGAAAAAGUUUAAGAAUUUGCCCCGGCUCAAGACGCAUGAAGACAUCCAUAAUGCUACAUUGUACGUUUGUCCCCAUUGUGGAUUGCAGCUGAACACGAAGCGGACGCUGAAAAUGCACAUGGUGGUGCAUUCGGAUCAGAAAAAGUUCAAGUGUCAGUACUGUGGCAAUGAGUACAAACGAUCAAAAGCACUGAAGAACCAUCUGAUUUUGCACACCGGUUUGAGACCCUAUCAGUGUCCGUUUUGUGAAAAAACAUUUGCCAACGGGUCGAAUUGCAGAAGCCAUAAGAAGAAGGCACACCCUAAGGAAUUGGCAUUGCUGGAAGCUUCCGGAGGACAAUCAAGAGCAACGAAUAUUCCCAAAUUGGACCAACUGCAGCCCAAACCACAUCAAUCGACAUCACUUCCGGGCACACAAACAGCUACACCCGCUACGGUGGUACUGGUUCAACAACCGACCGACACAAGUAUUGCACCAUUGGCUGCCCAUUCGGCGUCUAUCGCGGCAAGUCAACAACAGCAGCCGAAGCCAACAACGGCGACGAUAAUUGCCACCCCGUCUCCCACCCUAUCGAGCCGCAUGGAUGCGUCGAACUCAGAAGAACUGAUGCUGCACCGGGGCGUACGUUUGGUCACGGCCUACAUUCGUACGCAAAACGAACCACCCCCGUUAAAUAUCCUUCCUACGACGGCAAACAUCAAACAUGAUGAGGUCAACGGUGGUGCAGCAUCCACUGCCAGUGUGGCGGUUGCGAUUGGCGAACGACAGCACACUGUCAUGGAUCAGGGUCGCCGUGGUGGUGCCCAAACGUUGGUGAUCCGGAAACAGGAAUCGAGUGCUGCAGUGCCACCGCUCACCGAACCAGUCCAGUUGAGCGAGGCCGAUAUGGCUGACCUUCCAUCGCUGCAGCUUAUUACUACCAACAAUUUGUGAGAUGUUGCUGCAUUUAGUAGUGGUUUAUUGGAAACAUGUUUAUUUAUUAUUUGUCAAAGUUUAAUUUAAAAAAAUGUAUAAUUGUUUCAAUUUUUAGAAACAAAUACCAGUACCUAAAAUCAAUUGUCCUAUGAUUUUAUAACUUUUAUGCAAUACAUCGAUCGCUGGAAUCAA